CCGCCCCAUCCGCUGGGUCCUACUCCGCUGGCGCCUCUCCGUCCGGUCCCGCCCCACCAUGGGUUCUGGCCCGGCUGCGGGCUCUGUGCGGGCGCGCUACCUCGUGUAUUUCCAGUACUUGGGCACGGACUUUAACGGGGUCGCGGCUGUCAGAGGCGCCCAGCGCGCCGUCGGGGUCCAGAACUACCUGGAGGAGGCCGCAGAGAGGCUGAAAUCGGUCGUGCCGGUCAAGUUCGUCAUCUCCAGCCGCACGGAUGCUGGGGUCCACGCUCUGAGUAACGCUGCGCAUCUGGACGUUCAGCGCCGCUCAGGCCAGCCGCCCUUCUCACCUGAGGUCCUGACCCAGGCCCUCAACACCCACCUGAAACACCCCGCCAUCAGGUGCACACCACUGUGCACUCCCUCGCCCACCGUGGGGAGAGGCGGGGGUCGGGAAGUACUGCUCCUGGACAGAACUUCUGGGAGUAAUGGCACACUUGUGGGGCGCCUUCUCUCUGGCGUCCUGACCUUCCCCCCCACAGGGUCCUGCAGGCCUUCCGUGUGCACAGCAACUUCCAUGCCCGCUACGCAGCCACAUCCAGGACCUACCUGUACCGCCUGGCCACCGGCUGCCCCCGGCCGGAUCAGCUGUCUGUGUUUGAACGAAACCGAUGUUGGGCCCUGCGGGCAGAUUAUUUGGAUGUGGCCGCCAUGCAGGAGGCCGCCCAACACCUCCUGGGGACACAUGACUUCAGCGCCUUCCAGUCGGCUGGCAGCCCAUCCACCAGUUCAGUGCGCACAUUGCGCAGAGCCUCAGUGUCCCCUGAUUCAGGCAGCCCCUUUGUCCUCCCUCAGGAGAGCAGAACCUUCUCAAUGUGGAGCACUGAAGGGAGGAGGAACUUCUACACGGUCAGCCUUGGACUCACGCCAAAGAGCCCCCGGCCAGAAGCUUAGAAGGUUGCAGUUCUGGACCCUGGAGUUUGAGAGCCAGUCCUUCCUGUACAGACAGGUGCGGAGGAUGACAGCGAUCCUGGUGGCUGUGGGGCUGGGGGCUUUGACACCCACUGAGGUGAAGGUGAUCCUGGAGAGCCGGAACCCCCUGGGCAGGCCCCAGACACGUGUGGCCCCAGCCCACGGCUUGUUCCUGAAGUCGGUGCUAUAUGGGGGCCUCGGGGACCUAGCCGGGAAUCCAGCCUGUGCCCAGCAGGAAGCCAGCAUCCAGGGGGCAGAGAGGCCCCGGGUCAGCCGGAAGACCUCAGGCGGGAGACCAGUGGCCUAAAGGCAGGCGGCCUAGAGUGAGGUCCUGCCGUCAGCAGCCCCCGAGCUUCUGUCCUAAGUGCUCUAUGGGGUCCGUAGCACUGAAACCACAGAUGACCCCCCAGAUGCUCAGCCAAAGUCAAGGCAGCCAGGCUCACUAGGCUGGGCCACAGCAGGCCUCCUGCCUCCCCAAGUCUCUGCUGUUCUGGGUGCCCCAAGGGUGGGUACGGAACAGGUAUGAACAUCGCAAAGGGAAUAUACAAGCAGCCCUUAUUUUUGUUUGUACUGAAAAUUAACACACCGGGCCCAGAAGUAGAAAUAAAAGGUGAAGAGAUCUCCA